GAAAUAAUGAGGAAAGAAAAAUUGUAUGCAGCUAAAUGGAUUUUAGAUCUUACCGAAAAAAAUUAUGAACGAGCAUUUAAAACAAGAGGAACUCUUGAAGUUGAUGGAUAUGACAAAUAUCUGAAUAUGGUUACCGAAAAUUCUUCUUGGAAAAAAAAUAAUGGGAAAUCACUUUCUGAAAGAAACUCAACUCUACAACAAAUGGAGAAAGAAUAUAAACAGUCUAAAUGUACGUAUAAAAGAACCUUUUAUGUCAUGAAAUAA